AUGAGUUCGAAUGAACCGCUGCUCGCGUUGAAGAGCACCAACGUUAGCAGGCCUCAAAUUCAGCACAGCGCCUCGCAGCAAAGCAUCUCCGCCUCCGAGGACUAUUACACCGUCUCCGAAAUUUCCACCAACUCUGGCGAUGACCGCUCGCAAACCACAAUCAUCCGCCACAACACCCCGCCCGAGCUAUACCGCACCCCGCUCCAGAGCCAUGAGCAAUUAGCCAACCCCCACCGCCUGUCCGCCCUGCAAGAAGCUCGCCAGGCAAACACCUCUGUGCCCCGCGCCGUGAACUUCGACGACUCGUCGCUGCCGCAGCGCUCAAUGGCUUCGUCACGCGGCACCGUCCAGGACCCGCGUCGCAAGAGCGGCAGGGACUCCGAGUCGGUGUCCACCACUCCCGGCGUCGACGACACGCCCUACAUUCGCUUCGCCAUUGACCAGCUCACCCGCGAUGAAGAGGUCCGGGGAUCCAGGAAGUAUCCUGCCGGUGCCCGCGCGAGCGCAGAGGAUUACCCUACCCAGCGAUUAGUGUCCCCCGAGACUGUGGGCUACGUACCGCAGGCUCCGAACUACGAAGCUUAUGAUGACACCCCCGAGAGAAACCCUUCUCGACCCCCUCCAAUGGAACCUCUCAAUGUGCAACAACGGGACAUUUUCGUUCCGUACCACCCGCAAACGAAGUCCGUUCAAUUCCCGCCGCUUACAUUCCUACCUUCGAUUCUGCGCCCACUCUGGCUCGGCAUCUUCACCUUCCUCUGCAUCCUAAUGAUUACCGGCAUGAUUGUCAGCGCUGUGUGGUCUGACACAUAUUAUGGCCUCCUCGACUAUGGCAGUCUGGGCGAUGGCAGCUAUUUCCUUUUCCAGUACGUGCCAACUAUUUUCGGCAUGAUCAUAGUGGUGUGGCUGCAUCAAAUUGCCGCUGCACUACAAAGGAUCUCUCCCUUUAUGGCUCUGGCCGCAGAUUCCUCCAAAUCUCGGUCUGAAGCUGUCUUUCUCGAUCUGUAUCCCACCCAAUUCCUUUAUCCCACUCUUCAGCAUUUCCGCGCAGGCCAGCCUCUUAUUGGCGCCUUCUUCAUCAUAUCGUGGAUAUUCCUUUUCACUAUCCCCCUGCUUGGGUCCGCUUACAACGUCCGCUUCUACGGCGACUUGCGCAAUGGAACCUGGCGAUGGUUGGCCGUUCAGGGCGUCAUCUGGAGUGUAAUUGCCCUCUACUUCUUGCUCAUUGCCGGUAUCAUCUGCAUUGCCGUGCAACUUCGAAAGCCUACCGGUCUGAAGUGGGAUCCCCGCUCUAUUGCCGAUUACGCCACACUUCUCGAACGCUCCAAUGUCAUCAGCGACUACAACGACACGGAGAUCCUGGAGACAUCAUCCGAAUUCAGGGAGAGGCUUGCUAGUCGAACUGAUCGCUUGGGCUACUGGAAUACCUCCAGGCGGCCGAACGAUAUCUUUUAUGGCCUCGGCGAGCCUGGUGGAGACCCCCGCAGAUAUACGGUGGUGCAAGGACGAAUUAGGGAAAAGCAGGACUACGCGCCCGAGGGCACAGACUUGGAAGCUGCUAGGCCAGGAGACCUCCGCUUGGACAUCCGCGCUGAAUCAGUGCGGCGGCGCUACCUCCCAUGGUUCCUCACCGACUCGUAUGUGGUUGCUUGGGUCAUCGCCGCCGUGGUCCUUUACCUGGCCUUCCUCAUCGUCAGCUUCGUCAACGAUGCAGUGAUCAAGGGAUUCGCCCCGCGCGUCUCUGUGGCAGCCGAUCCUGCUGGCUUCUCGGGCUCAAACUUCCUCUACUCGUUCCUUCCUAUCCUGCUCACGAUGUUCCUUUACCUCUUCUUCCAGACUAUCGACUUGGCGCUCCGCCGCCUCGCUCCGUACGAGGCCUUGAGCACCCCAGGCGGUGCGUCUGCCGAAGCCUCUAUCCUGCUCGAUUACCCAGCGCGUCUACCUGUCUCCGCCACGCUCACCGCAAUCGCCAACCACCAUUGGCGCGUGGCGCUCUUCUCGUUCGUCUCCUCCAUGAACGCAUUCACCCUCCCUGUUCUCGCCUCGGGUCUCUUCUUCACGCAGUACUACCCUGCCGAUGGCGAGCUCCGUGUCGCCGCUCACCCGGCUGCCUACUACGCUCUCUGCGUCUUCCUCGCCAUCUACGUCGUCGCCAUCUGCACACUUGCUACCGGCCGCAGCGACAUGGCUCUGCCGCACGACUCGCGCACCCUUGCGGAGACCGUCUCCUGGCUCUACCAGUCGCGCAUGCUCACUGAUCGGGCAUUCAGUCGGCCCGCCACCAAGGCCGAGCUGGUCGCCCGUCUCAUCGGCCCCGUCUUCCUCGAACCGGGCUUCGCCCGCUCGCUCCGCUCGCUCGUCAUGCCCGGCGCCGGCGGCUCCAAGGCCAACCUGCGCGCCGCCGCCGAGAAGCAGCAGAAGGAGCAGAACGAGAUCGCCUCCAGCUUCGCCAUGCCCGGCCCCGGCCGAGGCUCUGCGUCCUCGCGCCACAACUACCAGAGGGGCCAGUACAUCCCCGACGAGUCGGUACAGGUCGGAGGCCAGACGGUCGGCGCCGACGACCUGCGCGCCAUGGCCAUGGAGAAGCGCCGCAGCUUGCUCGACCCAGGCAGCAUCAUGUACGGCUUCGGCGUGCACUGGGGUCGCGAUGGCAGGGAGCAUCUCGGCAUUGACCGCGUGCAAAGAGGAGAGAGUAGAAUGAUGCAUUUUGAUUGA